AUGCGCUAUGAUCCACUUUCGACUCUCUCUGCCGAUGAGCAAUAUCACAAGUUUCACGAUGCUUGCCCACCCUACUACAAUUACAAGUCUUCUCAACUCACCUUGGAGACCUUCUUGCAUCAGCCAGAUCACAUACUGCAAAAUGCGACUUCAGCGCUGCCGACGCCUUCACCAAGCGACAUUUCGUUUCUCUGGAAUCAAUCACAAACCCCUGCCUACGCAACUUCUCAUGCUCCCUUCAAGACCUCACUGCCUUCCGUCGUCAGCCAGCAGACUGAGUUGGCCAGGUAUCAGGAUGAAAUGGAGGAGACAUUACUUGGCGUCGAAAGGGUUGAUCAAACCAAAGUCUGUCAGGGAAUGGCGCUUAAUACAUUCCCUAAUUCGUGGUCGAUGAAUCACGAGGAAUAUAAUAAAAAAGCAGCGUACAGUAUGAGCGGAUCGAGUCGAUCAUUGGCAAAUUCACCUGUGGGCGUUGAGCUGUGUAUGAGCGAUCUUCAUAAUCAUCAAAACCCAACAUGGCCGCUGAUAAGCACUCACCACGAGUCGGCUGACGCAAUACCAAUCUCUCAAAGCGCUGGCAUUAUACAAAAUCAUUUACUAGGCUCUGAUGGCUUGAGUUGGUCUUCCGAAGACACUGGGUCCAUGACCUCGAGACUGUCUACCGCUAUUACAGGCUCCUUUUCAGGCCACACCUACGAAAGUGGUCAGUCUCGGUUUAGUUACAGGCAUCUGAAUCAGACUACAGAGCGCUCAACUGCACAUUGGGUGGCUGAUGGUUCUACAUCCCUCAAGGAUAUUGAUGAGGUUCAUUUGCGGUCCCAAGGCGGUGAUAAUCACAAUUCACUUUCAAACCUUCAAACAGAACAGAUUCAUACAAUCGACCAAUCUCUUGCAUUGCCGCACUCUCCUUUUGGAAGCUCGCAUGUUGGGGACAGGCCACCUAUGGGCUAUAUGCAAGGUACAACGAGCCGGCACGGAGGGCCACCAGUGAUGACCAUGAGCUGUCCUAUGAAUAGCGUUGAUAGGGAUAGAAUCUUGCUAGAGUGUCGAGCGCAUGGCAUGUCAUAUAAAGACAUCAAGAGAAAAUACGAUUUUGCCGAAGCUGAGUCGACAUUGCGCGGUCGCCAUCGUACGCUGACCAAGGACAAGAAGCAGCGGGUUCGAAAGCCGGAGUGGACGCCUUUGGAUUGUCGGCUUCUGAAGGAGGCCGUCGCACAUUUUGUGGGAAGCGACCGCAAAAUGAAGCAGACACGGACUGAAGACGACGUUUCCCGCCUCAACAUUCCGUGGAAGGAAGUGUGCGCCUAUAUCGUGGCUCAUGGUGGUACUUACGAAUUUGGCUACGCAACCGCAAAAAAGAAGUUCAUUGCCUUGUUGGAACAAGAUAGAGACAGUGCGACACAUGCCAGCUUUCGUUAAGCGAAAUGAUCUGGCUUGAGCAGAUACCUUAAAGCAUACUUAAGGG